CUUCUUAAAUGGGCAGUUUGAAUUGCUAAUUAUUACUAAUUUUACUCUCUUUAAGAUUUGACACUUCUUUUGGCCGUGGUUCCUCCACUGCCAGUUCAUAAAUUGAGAGUCACUGUCCAAAUAUUUUAGGAAAUUAUAUAUUUCCCCUAAAAUUAUGUGUUCCCAAAUCUUCUUAAUUAUCUUGUUGGCUAGUUUUUUAGCCCCUGAUUUAGGCGUUUCUGCCAACGGAUUUUAUCCCGACCACACAAAUCAUGCCGUUUCAUACGAAGACGAGUAUGAAGCCUUUGAGAACGAUUUAAUCGCAUCAAUACCGGAAACCAAGAGCAGAGCGAAGCGUUUCAUUUACAUGAACACUGAUACCUUUGUCGCAGUCGCACUGCUCGUCGGAGUCCCACUCUCCAUCGUGUUGCCAUCACUGGGAAAUAUUUUCAAUAAGUGGAGAAGACGACGCAGUACGGGAGAAAGUGACGCUUAUCCAUUCACAGAAGAUGAUCCCGCAGUGCAGCCAAAAUUGGAUAGAAUUUCGACGUAUUUCAAUUUGGUGGAUAUACCCGAACAUUCCUGCCAACUCCGAGCAAUUUGCGAAUUCUCCGCAAACCCCGACAAGUAUUACCCAUUGUCAGAAAUGAUUCUGAGCCGAAUUCGAAAUCCUAACCUGCCGUCUAUGAUUUACCUGGAAAAUUCUCCCUUGCCGUUGAGAAUUGUGGAUAACACGACAACUCCUAAAAGUGGGAAUGGUUCAGACUCUUCUUCAAGUAACCAACCUGCUCCUAAAAGUCUCUUCAAAAUUUAUAACGGCGCAGCCAAUCUAGGGUCAGAGUACGGGUAUAAUCGUUGCGAAACAAAUUUUGGGUCCGAUUGUCAUUAUUCCAUGGAUAAGUUGCUGAACAUGCCCACGCUCAGAUUUUGGACGGCUAUGCAACGCUUUCUUAAAUUAAAAUUUACCGAUGGCAAUCUCAGUUUUUGAAAAAACGGUUUUCUAUAUAAAAUGAUACUAUUGUAUUGUGUUGAAUUAUUACAUGAAUGUAAAUACAUACAUUUUAAGUUA